CUGCCUCCACUUCCGGCUUGGCGCCGCUCCCGGGAAGAUGGCGGAGGAUCCCGAGUCCGUGCUGCAGCUCCCUCCCUCGGCUGUGGCUGCUGGCGGCGAGGGUCUUGGGGAACUGUCUCCCGAAACAGCCACACCAGAGCCCCCUUCUGCUGCAGUUUCGCCGGGGACGGAAGAACCUGCCGGCGACACCAAGAAAAAAAUUGAUGUCCUGCUAAAGGCUGUGGGAGAUACCCCUAUAAUGAAAACAAAGAAGUGGGCUGUAGAACGAACCCGAACAAUCCAAGGACUCAUUGACUUCAUCAAAAAGUUCCUUAAACUUGUGGCCUCUGAACAGUUGUUUAUUUAUGUGAAUCAAUCCUUUGCACCUUCCCCAGACCAGGAAGUUGGAACCCUUUAUGAGUGCUUUGGUAGUGAUGGUAAACUGGUCCUGCAUUACUGCAAAUCUCAGGCAUGGGGGUGAACCCCAGAGAAAAACAACUUGGAACUCAAGAUGAUGUUUCGCAAAGGAAAUAGCUGUGAAACAUGUUGCAGCGGCAAGAGACCUAAUGAAUAUGACCUGCUCAGCCUGUAUCUGCUCUGACGUGUGUAUGUGCAUAAGAAAACCUCCAUAGAGUGAAUGGAUUCACAAAAAUAUGGGAUCAAUGUUAAUACAGAAAUCAUCAUGGAAGAUUGAUAUUAGAGUGUGUCCUUUGUUCUUUCGGGUGUGCCUCCAAGGAUGAAAAGAAAAUAGAAACUGUAUAAACGUCUUCAUUGCUGGUUCUUAAAGUCUCUGAAAUUAUUUACUCAUAAUACUGGCACUCUGUUGAUUUUUUUAUUGUUAUUGUAAGAGAUAAUUUACUAAAGGAUUUUGUUUUUGUAGCUUAUUCAGGGAUCCCCAUUUUGUUUGACAGAAUAGAUGUUACAUGUUACAUGCUGUAAUGCCUUCUAAAACUAAGAUUGGCUCAGUACCUCUCAUAGUCCAGUAGAGGGCAGCGCCGCUAGCCAAAAAGGUUUGGCAGUUGGUUUUACAUUGUUGCCCCGUGACUAACAGAAAAGACUUCUUGGUAACUUAAAAUACUGACCAACUGAAAGACUUUCUGAAAAAAAAACUAUGUUGGGGAACAAGUAAGUUUAUAAAUGCUGUACAAAUGAUUCGUGCAGUGCUUUUAAUUCCUGUUAUUUUCGUAUUUUUGUCAAAAUACUCUGUUACUCUCAUUUAUAAAUGUCAGAAGAACUCACUGAUAAAUCUCACAACAACCAGUGUUUCACACUGUAUUUUCCAAAUUGAAAGCACUCAAAGAGUAAAUGAAAAAUAUUCUUAGAUGUUCUCCAUGUUUUGUGCCAUAACUAAUGGAGUGGUUUUUACCAAUGUAUUAAAUUGAUUGUUGCUCAAAGUGAGAGUCAUUCCAAUACAUUGAAGUCCCAAGUAGGUACUUAAAUUUGAAGUCUUUAUUUCCAAAGGUAAUAUAGCAGGAAUGAGGUAUGCUUGCGUCCAUUAAAUCCCGGAGUGUAUCUUAUGGCUAGUGGUCAGCUACAUAUUACUACCAGGAGAUGCUGAGGACAAUUCAUUUUACAGUGGAGGAGCUGCUGUCGAGCUCUCAUUUUCUGCCUAGGAAUGAAUACAGCUUCUUUACUUCCCCUUAUGCCAGGGUCCCUUUAUAAUAAAUUACUGCAGCCAAUAGUUAGCAAAGGAAUAACACUGAUAAUGGUAUGGUAUACAUAAUUUAGAGCGAAAAAGUUUUACAUGUGUUGAAAACUGGAAUAUAUGAAUUCUCAAGUCAAAUGGAUAUGGAAAAGAGGUGUUCUUUGUUUUUGGUUUAUGGAAGAAAGGAACAUACGAUAGAUACAACAAAUAGCAAAUACUUGAAUUUAUUUCAUUUGCCACUGAUACUUCAUAGAAUAUUCACUUCAAUAGUCAAAAAUACUUGAGUUCAAAUUUGUAACAGCAACUUAAGUCUAUUUCACUUAACAGACUUACUAGCUUACUAAGUCUGUGGGUAGGGUUGGAAACAUCUCUGUGGGACAAGUCAUGCCUGGUAUCCCCAGCACUGUUCACUAAUCAAAUCUAAGGUUAGCUAAAUAGAUACUUUAUUUAUUUUCAUCUAUAAAACCUUGAAGAAUAUGUGGGGCUAUAAUUUGGAAAAAUAAUAGGGCAAACAGUUUACAUUGUCUAUUGAUUUCUGUCUUUACUCACUUUACAGCCUUUACUUGAAAACCUAUAAUCCUAGAGCUCAGUAGGUGAUUAGAACCAAAACUUUAUUCAUAAAUACUUAAGUAAAAUUUUGCUUUGUCUUGUGAAGACCCACAGUACAUGAAGUGAUGUGAUAAUUAGCAUACUGUGCUCCCCUCUGAAAGUAUUUAUGCCAAAUACUUUCCCCGUAUUUAGAAAACAAGGUAAGUUAAGAAUGUUUUGUCUCUAAUAAAGAUCAGGUAUUUCCUGGAA